AUGCCUGAGGGAACUCCUCCGGCUCGAGGCGCCGGUAGGGCGAGAGGACGAGGGGCGACGAGAGGCAGAGGACGAGGAGCAGCCACCAGCGCAACACCCAGCGGUGAAACCCCCUCAGGAACCCCGAUUUCUAGACCGUCUUCAGCGCUUGGAACUGCUUCGGCAGCUGGCGCGCCAACUAGAUCCGAUUCAGCAACGCCCAAGCCCACGCGAGGCACUUCAGUUGGCAGAUUUCGCCCCAGGGCGGUUCGCAGAGAUGAGGCAUCGCGAGAUGUUCUUGCUCGGCAGGAGCUGGAGAAGGAUAAUGCGAGGGCAAAGGCUGAAGCACGAGCCCAGGCUCGUUCCCGAGGUCGCAGUCGAAGAGCUCGUGGCGAUGCGAUGGGUAGAGGCGGAAUGAUGUCGCGAGCUGCUGUUGCUAGCGGACCUUUCUCGCAAAUACACUUUGAGGGAGGCUCAAGAUCUUCUGGUGGUUGGGGAGGAGGUGGCGGCGGCUCAGGCUCUGGCGGUGGAUUCUUUGGUGGAGGCGGUCGAGCCAAGAGCGAAAAGGGUGCCUUCGGCGAAGCUUCCGGUCACCGUCGCGAGGCCAGAAUCAACGCCGACAGGCUUGCCGGUCACCUGGUCGACCGUGAGCCAGAUUCCGACGACGAAGCGACGGCUGCCCUCAUCAACUCGAAACCCGAUAAUAUCUGGCCAAUGGGCAUCGCUCGCAUUGACAAGAAGGAAGAAAAGAAGGUCAUUGCAACAACCGCUGAGCUGGAGGCAGCAGAGGAUGGCAAGACAGAAGAAAGUCUAUGGGUGGACGAAGGCGGGACUUGGUCUGGCCCUGUGCCUCAGGUGGAAGAAGAGACCAAAGUCUGGCAUGCAGCCCCCAAGGGUGACGUGCAGGUCAAGGCGGAGCCCGGCACUGAGCCAGGGGCCAUGGAGGUCGAUCUCAGCGUUGUGAAGCCAGCAGACACUGAGACUGAGGAGAAGGUCACACCGGAGCCGAAGGUCAAGAAGGCAUUGGCUGAUCCUGAGGUGGAUAUGAUCACACAGGAUAUGCAACUUCUCCUAAGCGAACUGGGUACCGUUUCCGACGAGAAUUCGAAGGCACCCGAAAACAGCGCUGUGCAGGAUAAGGACGGGCGGCUGUACCUCUUCCAGUUCCCUCCUCUACUGCCACCUUUGCACCCUUCAGUUGCACCCAAAGUCAAACCCGAACCCGAUGAUUUGGUCAUGUUGGAUCAGCCGGCUGGAGGAUCCGUUGACCUUACCAACUCUGAGGACAACAUAAAGCCCAAGAUCGAGGAAGAUGACAGAGACGUCGAUCUUACCGACAUAUCGCAGCUCGUCUCUCAAGCCGGUAUGAUGGGUAAGCUCAAGGUCCGGAAAUCUGGCAAGGUUGAAUUGGACUGGGGUGGACGCACGCUUGAGCUCAGUCCGGCAGCAGGCAUGAACUUCCUCACGACGGCAGUGAUUGUGGAGGAAUCGGACGAGAAAUCAAAGCAGGGAGUCAUUGGUGGCGACAGCAUUGGCAUGGGCAAGAUUAUGGGAAGAUUCGUCCUCGCGCCUACCUGGGGCGAUGAGGAAGAUUGGGUUGUCGAUCCCGAGGAUCUUGUCAUACCCGAAGAAUCUGGGUGA